AUGGAGUCGACUGUGUCUAACUCUGUCUCUAAUGGUAGUGUUGCUGAAAUUUUUGCAAGUGAUGAUAAGGAAAAGGCUGGUUUGAAUCCAAGAAAUGGGUUUGUUUCAAUGGGGGGAAUAGGAUUGCUCAAAAAUUUGCAGCCUAAAAUCGUGAGUGGAGAUUUUGGUUUCAUUCUGGAGGACGUCCCACACUUGUCUGAUUACAUUCCUCAUCUUCCUACUUAUACCAAUCCAUUGCAGUACAAUCCUGCUUAUUCAGUUGUUAAGCAGUAUUUUGUUGAUCACGAUGAUACAGUUGCCCAAAAGAUCCAACAAGUGUUCUUAUCAGGUUCUCGGAUGCAUUUUCGACGUGCAGGUCCUCGCCAAAGAGUUUACUUCAAGUCUGAUGAAGUGCACGCGUGCAUUGUCACGUGUGGAGGCUUAUGCCCUGGCCUUAACACAGUUAUCCGGGAAAUUGUAUGCGGCUUGCACCAUAUGUAUGAUGUCAAGAGAGUUCUGGGAAUAGUUGGAGGAUACCGUGGUUUUUACUCCAAAAACACCGUCUCUUUAACGCCGAAGUUCGUGAAUGAUAUCCACAAACGUGGUGGAACAAUCUUGGGGACAUCUCGAGGUGGUCAUGACACCAAAAAGAUUGUUGACAGCAUUCAGGACCGCGGAAUUAAUCAGGUUUACAUACUAGGAGGAGAUGGGACGCAGAAAGGAGCAGCAGUAAUUUUUGAGGAAAUUAGAAGACGCGGUCUCAAGGUUGCAGUUGCCGGAAUCCCCAAAACAAUAGAUAAUGACAUUCCGGUUAUUGACAAAUCCUUUGGUUUUGACACUGCUGUUGAGGAAGCCCAACGUGCUAUUAAUGCAGCACAUGUUGAAGCUACAAGUAUUGAGAAUGGUAUUGGCCUGGUGAAGUUAAUGGGACGUUACAGUGGAUUCAUUGCCAUGUAUGCUACUCUUGCCAGCCGAGAUGUCGAUUGCUGCCUUAUUCCAGAGUCACCGUUUUAUCUCGAAGGACCUGGUGGACUCUUCGAGUAUAUAGAGAAACGACUCAAAGAAAAUGGACAUAUGGUUAUUGUCAUAGCUGAAGGUGCAGGGCAGGAGCUACUUUCUGAGAGUUUGCACUCUACAGAUCAGCAAGAUGCUUCUGGAAACAAGCUUCUACAGGAUGUUGGGCUGUGGAUAUCGCAAAGGAUUAAGGAUCAUUUUUCUAAACGGAGUAAGAUGGCAAUUAAUCUCAAAUAUAUAGAUCUCAUGUACAUGAUUCGAGCUGUUCCCAGCAAUGCAUCUGACAAUGUGUACUGUACGCUUCUCGCUCAAAGUGCUGUUCAUGGAGCAAUGGCGGGUUAUACAGGUUUCACAGUAGGACCUGUCAAUGGCAGACAUGCUUACAUUCCUUUCCAUAGAAUUAUCGAGAAACAGCACAAGGUCGUGAUAACGGAUAGAAUGUGGGCAAGACUUCUGUCUUCAACCAAUCAACCCAGUUUCUUGAGUAUAAAAGAUGUUAUUGAAGCCAGCAAAACGGAGAGCGACCUACUUAAUUGUUAG